GGCGGAGGGGUAUUUAAGACUGGGCGGAGUUGGAGGUGGCCGAGGGCAAAAUGAGUGGGCUACCCGAUGCCAGCACCUGCCCAGGUCCGGGAGAGGCCUCCGACCUUAAGUCCCCCCUGGGCGCCAAGUUCAGGGAACCUCUUACCGAGGCCCGGUUUCAGCAGCUCUUCGGGGACGCAGAGCAGGAGCCCGAGCUACUGGCGGAGCCCCGCUGGUCGCGGCUGCGCCGGCUUUGGAGGCGGCGGGCCCGCGCCUGUUCCGGACCGGGGGCGUGGCGCCUGCUGCGGGCGCGGCUGCCCCCGCUGCGUUGGCUGCCCCACUACCGCUGGCGGCCCUGGCUGCUCGGGGAUGCGGUGGCCGGAGUGACCGUGGGCAUCGUGCACGUGCCCCAGGGCAUGGCUUUUGCCCUCCUGACCUCUGUGCCCCCAGUGUUCGGACUCUACACUUCUUUCUUUCCCGUCCUCAUCUACACCUUGUUGGGUACUGGGAGACACCUGUCCACCGGAACUUUCGCGGUACUCAGCCUUAUGACGGGCUCGGCCGUGGAGCGGCUGGUGCCUGAACCCCUCGAGGGGAACCUGAGCGGCAUCGAGAGGGAACAGCUGGAUGCUCAGCGGGUUGGUGCGGCUGCGGCCAUGGCCUUCGGGAGCGGGGCACUGAUGCUGGGAAUGUUCGCGCUGCAGCUCGGCGUCCUGGCCACCUUUUUGUCGGAGCCUGUAGUCAAGGCGCUGACCAGUGGGGCCGCCCUGCACGUGCUCGUGUCCCAACUGCCUAGCCUUUUGGGGUUGCCCCUCCCGCGUCAGAUCGGCUGCUUCGCUCUCUUCAAGACGCUGGCCGCCGUGCUGACGGCGCUGCCGCGGAGCAGUCCCGCCGAACUGACCGUCUCGGCACUCAGCCUGGCGCUGCUCGUGCCCGUCAAGGAAUUGAACGUGAGGUUCCGAGACAGGCUGCCCACCCCGAUCCCAGGGGAAAUCGUCAUGGUGCUUCUGGCCUCCGUGCUCUGUUUCACCUCUUCCCUGGACACAAGAUACAACGUCCAGAUAGUUGGACUGCUGCCCGGAGGAUUUCCCCAGCCUCUCCUCCCCAGCUUGGCUGAGCUGCCCAGGAUUAUGGCCGACUCAUUGCCCAUGGCACUGGUUACCUUCGCAGUGUCUGCCUCCCUGGCCUCCAUCUAUGCAGACAAGUACAGCUACACUAUUGAUUCCAACCAGGAGCUCUUUGCACAUGGUGUCUCCAACCUCAUCUCCUCCCUCUUCUCUUGCUUUCCCAACUCGGCCACAUUGGCCACAACCAGCCUACUAGUGGAUGCUGGUGGGAACACACAGCUGGCAGGCCUCUUCUCCUGUAUGGUUGUCCUGUCUGUGCUGCUGUGGCUGGGGCCCUUCUUCUACUAUCUGCCCAAGGCUGUCUUGGCCUGCAUCAACAUCUCCAGCAUGCGCCAGAUGUUCUUCCAGAUGCGAGAACUUCCACAACUAUGGCGCAUCAGCCGCGUGGACUUUGCUGUGUGGAUGGUCACAUGGGUGGCUGUCGUGACCCUGAGUGUGGACCUGGGCCUGGCUGUAGGUGUGGUCUUCUCCAUGAUGACUGUGGUCUGCCGCACCCAGAGGGUACAGUGCCUGGCACUUGGACUGGCUGAGGGGACAGAGCUCUACAGGCCACUCAGAGAGAGUCACAAGCUCCUCCAGGUCCCAGGGCUCUGCAUCCUGAGCUAUCCAACACCGCUCUACUUUGGGACCCGUGGGCAGUUUCGCCGCAUCCUGGAGUGGCAUCUGGGGCUUGGAGAAGGAGGCAAGGAGGCUCCAAAGACAGAGGGCCCACCUGUUGCAGAUGCUGCAGGGGCCAGAGAAGUGGUUCAGCUGGCCAGCCGAUGCCGAGAUGCUGGGAUCCACCUUCUCCUGGCUCAGUGUAAUGCCUCAGUGCUGGGGACACUGACCCAGGCAGGACUCCUGGAUAGAGUGACCCCAGAACAGCUGUUUGUGAGUGUCCAGGAUGCAGCUGCAUAUGCCCUGGAGAGACUGGUGAGGGGCAAUAGCAACGGGAAUGGAAGCCAGGAGGUGCUGGGCUAUGGCGAAGGAGGUGAGCUCACUGGUCCAAAGACUUGCACAGUGUGGGUCUGACCCGGUCACGUGGAGUGUGGAGGGUCCCAACAGCAUGUGUGUGAGGAGGGCCAGGGUCCCUGAGCCCCCUUACUUAAUGUAACUAAUAAAAUGAAGCU